AUGCAGGUAUUCCCUGCAGUGUUGAGAUUAAUCAGGAACUAUUGUAAGCUGCUGGUUGCAAUCUGUCUUUUAUCAAAUGAAGUGCUGGCACUUUUUCUGUCAAGUAUUUGGGGACAUUCUAACACGCCACCCACGCUCACCAGCCCCGUGGGAACCUGUGUGGAUUCUGCCCUUGGCUGUGGGUGCCCGGCUCAUGGUGAUCCAUCUGUUCUGUGUGUCUGUUCCUUGCUGUUCCGGGCAGCAGGCUCAUACCGAGCCCCUUUUCAGCCUGGCCUGGGGGACCAGGUCUUCUUGGGAAGGAAAGCAGAGAGGAUCCAUCAAGAGUGA